GCUCUUCACCCGCAAAUGCCUACAUCGGAACCACCGCAAACGCCGCCGCCGCCAGAACUGUCCGAAGCUCAACCACCGCAUACACUUCUAGACUUGAUCAUAGGCGUUCUCUCUAUCCUUCUCCUUUCUUCCCUCACAGUCCGAUCUUUCGUCGGACGAUGGCAAGUCAUCCGAUCAAAGCUUUGCACUCUCCAAUCAUCUCUUUCCUCUAUCUCCGAAUCUCCUCACUGGAACGACAACUCUUUGCUUCACACUCUUUUUCCUUCCCUUCUCUCCACUCUCCAGCGUUUGAAAGCUCUCUCCGAUCAAUGUACUCUCUCUUCCUUCGCGGGCGGGAAACUCCUCAUGCAAAGCGACCUCGACAUGGCUUCGUCUUCUCUCUCUAGCAAACUCCAUGACCUCGAUUUGCUUCUCAGAUCUGGCGUUCUUAACCAGUCAAACGCCAUUGUUUUGUCUCAGCCGAGACCUGGCUCUGAUAAGGAUGAUUUGGUGCUUUUCAUCAGGGACCUCUUCACGCGACUUCAGAUUGGAGGAAUCGAGUUCAAAAGGAAAGCUCUAGAAUCACUUCUCCAGCUUCUCGACAAGGAUGAGAAAUCUACUGCUGUUGUUGCUAAAGAAGGAAAUUUUGGAUAUUUGAUAAGUCUUCUCGAAGUUAACAGCCAACCUUUGAUCCGAGAACAAGCUGUUUUAGCAGUGUCGAUUCUGGCCUCUUCAAGUGAAGAUUCAAGAAAAAUCAUUUUCGAAGAAGGUGGAUUAGGGCCUUUGUUAAGAAUUCUAGAAACAGGUUCCAUUCCUUUAAAAGAAAAUGCCGCCAUUGCUGUUGAAGCUAUCACCACCGAUCCUGAAAACGCCUGGGCGAUUUCAGCUUACGGCGUAUCCGUCUUGAUAGAAGCCUGUCGGUCUGGCUCCCAACCAACCCAAAUCCACGCGGUUGGCGCUCUUCGAAACGUGGCUUCCAUGGAAGAUAUUCGAAUGGCGCUUGGUGAAGAAGGCGCGGUUCCUGUUAUAGUCCAGUUAUUAGUCUCGGGUUCCACCGCCACACAAGAAAAGGCAGCCAAUUGCCUUUCAAUACUCGCUUCCUCAAGUGAAUAUUUUCGCGCCCUGAUUAUACAAGAAAAAGGGGUGCCGAGAUUAAUGCAUGCGAUUCAAGAUUCAUUAAGCUCAGAUACAAUCGAGCAUGCUCUCCGUACAAUCAGUUCACUUUCGGUUACAGAUUCCAUUUCAAGGAUUAUAUCAUCUUCAACAGUCUUCAUUAUCCAAUUAGGUGAAUUUAUCAUGCACGGAAACAUGAUUUUACAACAGAUUUCAGCUUCUUUAUUGUCAAAAUUGUCAAUUAGUGAUGGAAACAAGCGAGCCAUCUCUAGUUGUAUGUGUUCUUUGGUAAAGUUAAUGGAAUCUCCAAAGCCAGUGGGUUUACAAGACGCGGCGGUGCAAGCAAUUGUUUCCCUAUUGACUGUCGGAUCAAAUAGGAAGGAGCUGGUUAGAGAUGAGAAGAGUGUGAUGAGAUUAGUGCAGAUGUUGGAUCCGAAUAAUGAGGUUGUUUCUAAGAAGUACCCAUUAAUGGUGUUGACCGCCGUGUUAGGCGGAGGAAGCGAUGGUUGUAGGAAAAGACUUGUGGCUGCCGGAGCAGCUAAACAUCUCCAGAGUCUAACAGAAAUGGAAGUCGCCGGAGCUAAGAAGGCGCUUCACAGACUUGCUAGGAGUAGAUUCAAGACCAUUUUCAGCCGGACUUGGAGGGAUUAACCAGAAAAAGAUACUAACCCCGCGCCAACGAAGCAGGAACAGAAGUUCGUUCGGAAUUUUCUAACUGUCAGAAGGAUGAGGAGCUACUUUGAAGGAAAAUGCAACCAACCAUACCACUUUAUACCAUAAAACUUUUUUACGUCAUAAUAUACCAUUUU